AUGUGGGCUCACCCUCAAUCUGUGGAAUUGUUAAGUAAGUUUCCGUACGUAUUACUACUUGACAGUACUUACAAAACAAAUCAGUACAAAUUGCCUUUGUUGGAGAUUGUUGGUGUUAUUCCUGUCGGGAAAAAUUUUACUGUUGCAGUCGCAUUUUUGCGCCAUGAAAAUGAAGACCAUUACACAUGGGUGUUGCAAAAGCUGAAGAGACUUUUCCCCCCUCAGACUCUACCUAGUGCCAUCGUGACGGAUCGAGAGUUAGGGCUCAUAAAGGCGCUAGAGAAUGUAUUUCCGACCGUACCUCAUCUCUUAUGUCUUUGGCACAUUAACAUGAAUGUGGGGCGUCGUGCUUCAAGAUGUCUCGGCAAUAGUAGGCGUCGCGGCACGGCUUUUGUAGUUGGCGUGUGGCAAACUUUGGUAAAAUCAGUGUCUGAAGAAGAUUUCGCCAGGAAUUACACAGCUUUGACGGACGAGUACGCGAAUUAUCCAGAUUUGAUUGAGUAUCUCCAAUACACUUGGCUCGUAUACAAAGAGAAAUUUGUAAAAGCAUGGACGGAUCUAAUUUUCCAUUUGGGUAAUACAUCGACAAGCAGGGUGGAGAGCAACCAUAGAGCAUUGAAGAGAUGGUUGGAAUCGUCCACGGGUGGCUUCGACACAUUUUGGGCACAGUAUCACUCAAUGAUGAAAGAUCAAUUUAACGAGAUACUAGCCGAUUUUGCAAAAUCAAAGAGGAUUCGGGCCCAGACGAUCAACGUGCCCGUAUUUAAAAUAUUGUCCAGUGGAAUUGUAACACAUAAUGCUCUGCAGAUGUUGGACGAUGAGAAGGAUGAAGACAUAGACGGUUGCGUCUGUUAUAUGAGGAAAUGUCUUGGACUCCCAUGCAGACAUGAAAUUCGUGCAAAGAUGAAUGCACGACGUGGUGUGUUUUAUGCAGAGGAUGUCCACAUUUUUUGGAGGACAUUUAUUUCGGGAUUCGGGGAUUCCCUAGAUGAAAGUGUUGGUUCUGUUCCCGACCACAGGUCACAGGCUAUUGGCAGGCUAGAAGGGUUAAUGAAUGAUUUGCGUGAGCGGUCAGAAAUUGAGAUCACGGACGUGACAGAUGCCAUUUUUGAACGAAUGCAUCCCGGGGCCAUGGAAAUGAAUGCGCCACAAGUACUAGACUGCCCGAGAGGUAGACCGCGGACGAACUCUACACAGAGGGAUUGGUCAGGGCAUGAGUUUCCAUUAUUUCCGGGAGAAGGUGAAGAGUCUGGACGAGGGCGAGGACGAGGACGAGGACGAUCACGAGGCAACAGAGGGCGUGGUUCAUCUUCUGAGAGAUCUAGCCGUGGUCGUGCUCUGACCUUCGAUCCACUCUUAUCCACGAACAACAACUUUCCGAGCAAGUAUGCAAUAUAUGCUCGUACUCGAUACGCGGAAGGAAAGGUAGAAUUGUCGCCAUAUUUCACCUCCAAAUCAUCUAACCGGGGUCCGCCACCAUACCACCAAUGCUCCAUAAGUGCGGGGUCGACUCCGAAAGCUCUCGCACCAAGCUGGAUCGCGUCGGCCUUAUCCAUCCAGACGUUAGGGCGAGUUCCACUAACUCGCAAACCCAUGAUGAAAUGCACGUCGUGCAGGGUAAUUGUCAUCUCACCGAAUGGCAUGUGAAAACUGUUGGUGUCCGGCUGCCACCUCUCAAUAAAAGCCUCUAUUAAUGGGUUAUUGUGCUGAGGCAGCGAACAAUCACGCAAGUGAUACAAGCCGGUACUCUCAAGUAGUGAGACACAAUCAUCGUCGUCGGGGCCCGGCCAAGUACACUUCGCGUGCGACCGUAAUUU